CUGCCGCAGGACAGCAUGGUGCGAUGCGUGGCUGUUAUCGGGGCUGGGGUCGGUGGUUUGGCUUCUAUCAAGUGCUGCCUGGAUGAGGGGCUGGAGCCCACCUGCUUCGAGAGGAGUGAGGACAUUGGGGGUGUCUGGCACUACAUGGGCUCCAUGGACAGCAGGAGGGUCAGCGUGUACCGCUCAGUCAUCACCAACACCUCCAAGGAGAUGUCCUGCUUCAGUGACUUCCCCUACCCAGAGGAUUUUCCCAACUACCUACACCACAGCCUCGUUAUGGAGUACUUUCGGAUGUACGCCCAGCACUUUGACCUCCUGCGGCACAUACGCUUCAAGACAACAGUUCUGAGUGUGAAGAAGUGCCCAGAUUUCACCACCUCAGGCCGAUGGGAGGUGGUCACUGAAAUUGAUGGUGUCCAGGAGCUGCACAUCUUCGAUGCUGUCAUGGUUUGCACUGGCCAUUACCAAGAGCCGUACUUCCCAUUGGCUUCUUUCCCAGGUAUCAACAAUCGCUUCAAAGGCCAAUACCUCCACAGCCAGGAAUACAAAGAUGUGGAGGCUUUCCGGGGAAAGCGAGUCCUCGUGGUCGGCAUUGGCAACACCGGUGGUGACCUUGCUGUGGAGCUGAGCCGUGUGGCUGCAAAGGUGUACCUUAGUACCAGAAGCAGCACAUGGGUGGUCAGCCGAGUCUCAGAGCAUGGCUUCCCCCUUGACAUGGUCCACACCACUCGUUUCAAACACUUUCUUGACCAGCUUCUCCCAUCAUCCCUAAUGAAGAGGAUCAAGUUUCGGAGGUUCAAUUCUUGGUUUAACCACGCAAACUACGGCUUAGCUUCCACCAAAAGCUCCAACUUUAAGAUCAUUGUCAACGAUGAGCUGCCAUUUUGCCUCCUCUCUGGAACCGUUGUGUUGAAGCCAAAGGUGAAGGAGUUCACUGAAAGCUCUGCUGUUUUUGAAGAUGGCACAACCGAAGACAACAUCGAUGUGGUGCUCUUUGCAACAGGCUACAUCUUCACAUUUCCCUUCCUCGAAGAGUCGGUUCGCGGCCUCUUCGAUGAUAACCGUUCCCUCUACAAGCGCAUCUUCCCUCCACAGCUGGAGAAGCCAACCCUGGCCAUCAUCGGCUUAGUCCAGCUGACUGGCUCUGUGAUGGUGGGAUCAGAAAUGCAGGCUCGCUGGGUGACGGGGAUCUUUGCAGGCUGGAGCAAGCUCCCUUCCACCACCGUGAUGAUGACUGAUGUUUUGAAGAAGAAGCCACCGGUCAAAAGGCACCCAUCUGAGAGAGAGAACUUGAAGAUGAGUUUUAUUGGCUACGUCGACGAAAUAGCUUCAUGUGCUGGUGUAAAGCCCAGUGUGCUGAGGCUGCUGCUGACAGACCCUCAGCUGGCCCUGGCCAUCUUCUUUGGGCCCUGCACACCCUACCAGUACCGACUGGUGGGACGGGGGAAGUGGAGCGGGGCCAGAGAUGCCAUCCUGACCCAAUGGCAGAGGACACUGAAGCCCUUGAGAACUCGAGUGGUGGAUGACUUCUCCAAUAGCUCCUCCAGAUGGCAUUGGCUGUGUCUCCUGGCCCUGCCAGUGGCUCUAACAGCAGGUUUCAUCCUUUCUAAAUACCACUGGGCAGGCUGGAGCACUUGGGCAAGUCCACAGCAGUAGAAGAAACCCAGUCCUGAGGAUGGUGUGAAGAUGUGCCACUGCCUGGUGCUAACAGCAGGGCUGGAGCUGGCCUAGUGCCCACAGGACCCUAGACCCUGGUGCCAUCUGGUGUCUGACCUCCUCCUGCCAAUGUUACACACCUACUAAGGGCCAUACAGAGUGUUUACUCCAAACCUGCUGCAAUGCGUGUAUGUGUCACACCAGCACCAGGCUGGAUUUCCAAUGGGGUUUUGGCAAGUGCCAUUCUGGGGCAGGUUUCCUUCCCUUCUGCUCACCCAGAGCUUCCUCCAUAAAAAUUCUGCAAGACCCACAACAUUUUGAGAUUUUCUGCAACACUAAGUGGGGGAAUCUUUGUAUUUGUCUGGUAACUUCUGGGACAUGAAGUAGGGAGCCACAAAUAAACCUCGUGGAUUUGC